GAUGACGCACUUCCUGCUUCUCUUAGGUAACCCAACCAGGCAAUACAUGGCGGUGUAACGGUUGGCCUCGUGGAAAAAAGCGGUCCUAUAUGUCGUAUUUCUCGCUAUACAUACACCUUUUCAAACCGAAUUGCGUCUCCAAAAAGCGAUUUGCCGGACUCCAUUGAGUGCUGUUAGCCCAUUAGCCGCUAUCGUAGACGGCUAACGAGCUAGCUGCUAACACGCUCUAUAGUGUUUACGCGGUAAAGUCGACUCUUCAGUGCGGGAACGAUGGCCGAAGUGUAUGUCCGAGUGGCAGAGGAAGAAAAUGAAGAGCCAAUGGAGAUUCCGUCCGAGGAUGACGGCACUGUAUUGCUGUCAACGGUCGCGGCUCAGUUUCCCGGAGCGUGCGGCCUUCGCUUCAGGAGCCCCGUGUCUCAGUGCAUGAGGGGAGUGCGGAUUGUGGAGGGGGUCCUGCACGCCCCGGAGAACGGAUGGGGGAAUAUCGUCUAUGUCGUCAACUACCCUAAAGAUAACAAAAGAAAAAUGGAUGAAAUUGAUGCCUCCUCGGCUGUGAAAAUGAAACGAGGCGACAUGAAGACGUCCGACCUGAUUGUGCUCGGUCUUCCAUGGAAAACCACAGAACAGGACCUGAAAGACUACUUCAGCACUUUUGGGGACGUCAUCAUGGUGCAGGUCAAACGAGACACCAACACCGGAAACUCCAAAGGCUUUGGCUUUGUGAGGUUCACAGAGUACGAAUCUCAGGAGAAAGUGGUCUCCCAGCGCCACAUGAUCGACGGCAGAUGGUGCGACUGCAAGCUCCCUAACUCCAAGGUGAAUAUGCAGGGUCCAGACGAGCCGCUGAGGAGCCGCAAAGUCUUUGUGGGACGUUGCACAGAGGACAUGACCACCGAUGAACUGAGGCAGUUUUUCAUGCAGUAUGGAGAAGUCACUGAUGUCUUCAUCCCCAAGCCGUUCCGUGCUUUUGCCUUUGUCACUUUUGCAGAUGAUCAGGUCGCUCAGGCUUUGUGCGGUGAAGACCUAAUCAUCAAAGGCGUCAGCGUCCACAUCUCAAACGCUGAGCCCAAACACGGCAACCGGCAGUUUGAUCGCACAACACGGUUCGGCAACGGCUUUGGCGCCCAGGCAUUCAGUGGCAGCCGUAGCGGGUUAGGCAGCAGCACCAAUAGUAACCUGGCCAAUUUCGGCUCCUUCAGCCUGAACCCGGCCAUGAUGGCGGCUGCCCAGGCGGCCCUUCAGAGCAGCUGGGGGAUGAUGGGCAUGCUCGCCAGCCAGCAGCAGUCGUCCACUUCAGGCGCGGCCUCCGGCGGCGCCAGCGCCAACCGGGACCAGAGCCAGUCUUUCAGCGCCGGCAACAGCAACUACGGCGCCAGCUCGGCUGGCCUGGGCUGGGGGACAGGCUCCAACUCCGCCAGCAGCGGUAGUGGGUUUAGCUCAGGCUUUGGGUCCAGUAUGGAGUCAAAGUCGUCUGGGUGGGGUAUGUAAGCUAAGCGUGUCCGUGUGGUAAGUAUCGUGAGAAAGAUCAGACCUUUCUUUCUGGUUAAAAAAUACUUUUGUGGAAGAUGUUUUGUAGAUUUGCAGGAAAAAGCUAAAGAUUGAAUUUGGUGUGUUGUGAGUUGUUUACCAGGAAGUGCUAUUUUUUCAUGUUUGUAUCCUUUUCAACUGGAUUCUCUAAUGCAUGUAUUGUAACGUGAUGCAUGAAUGUUUAUCAUUUGAAGGCAAUCUUGCAUUGGGAAGAAUCUGGUUGAAACUUCGAUGUUUUUAGAAAUUUUAUUUGCAGUCAAGUGGAACAAAAAGCCUUGAUUGAAAUCUCUUCUGCAGUUGACUCCCACCUUCCGUUUCCCUGCAAGGAAGCUCCAAUAUGGCGGCAUUGUCGGCGCCGUAUCGGUAUCACUCUCUUCCCGCCUGUAAAUGCUUUGCCAUCAAACGACGUUCUCACAGACGGUGGGUGUUUUCACUUUUAUCCGCUGCGCAAGUGACAUUUUUUAGGAACUGAUGAGUGCGAUUGGGAUGGCUUGUGGCGAGGCGAUGAGUGAGCGGACUGAGAGGCGUAGAGCGGACUGCUUGUGAACGUGAACGAGCCCAAAUUCUGACUGCUUUCUGAGUGUGUGAGUGGAAGCUGCGGAUGCUAACGAGCGCCUAACACGGACAUCCUUUCAUUAGUACCUCAAGGUUUUUUUGUUGGCUUUUUGUUUUUUUUAAUCUUUGCAAGAUUCUCCUUAUUCUUAAUGUGUGGACAAAGUGAAAUGUAUGGAAUGUUGUACCGCUUGUAUCAUCUGAAUGGUGUGUGCUGUUUCUUGUUCCUGUAAGUGUGUACUUGAUGUGGAUGACACCGACUGAAGACGCUAGCGGGUCGGGGUAUGGGCACGAGUGCUGGUGUGAGAACGUGGCGUGGUAUGUCCAAUGCCCCCCUCCUGUAGCGCUUGAUGUUUGUGAGGUGUUGGAAAAAUGUCAAAAGAAGGGAGUUGUCUAAUAAAGUUGGUUUGAAUA